AUGGCGGACAGUACGAAUAGUGAUCUGCCGCAAUCGUCAUCCGCCGCUUCCAACGAUCCUGAUCUUGGAAUUUCUGUGAAUGUCGAAGAUUAUGUCAAGGAGGGUUUGAAGAUAAAGAAACAGCCAGAUCAAGAAAAUCAAGGAACAAUCACGAAAGCUGAAUUCACUGAUCAAGACCGCAAUGACAUAGUUGAAGAUACAAAUCCCAUUCUUGAUAUACUAGGCCAGAGGAUGUAUGAAUUUGAGAGAUUAGCUAGAGGAGUCAAAGAAUUAGGCAAUGAUGAUGAUGCAGGAGAAGAAGAGCUGAAGAAGACUUUGGAACUGACGAGUGAUACUAAACAAGAAUAUGAGGAGGAGAAGUUAAAAGAUCCUGAUCAGUUCAACGAUGGUAUUCAACCUGAUUCUUACACAAAUGUUGAAGGACUGGAAGAAGAGGUGUGCGAAUCUAUUAGAAAGCUUAAAUAUGAUGGAGAGAACGAAGAACAAGGUGCUGUGAACAAGUUAAAUUUAAAGCGGAAAGCGUCAGAUCGAUCUGAUGAUGGCCUAGCUUCUGAUGAUUUUUCUGAAAUGUACUUCCCGGAAUUUCUGAAAAGAAUAGAGGAAAUCGAUGGGAAAGGAGAGGAUGUGAUGAAAGGGGAGUUAGAUGAGAAGCAAAAAACGAAUAUAGUUGUGGAUGAAGAAUCCGAGGCCUUGGCACUGAUACGCAGUCUAAUAGUUGAGUUUCAGACUGAUAUGCCUCGCCUUCAAGAGGAAUUUUUCAGUUAUACGGUACAAAAGGAAAAAUUACUGGCAAAAUUUAAACAGUUGAAAUCCGGAAUUGCGAAGCUGAAGCAGUGCAAUUCUAAGAUGGAAAUGGAGGUUUUUGACGCUGUUAAGAAGCGUUUCAGGGAUCUACUGAAAGAAACAUUUGAUCGUGAACUGACAGACAAACUUAAUGCAACACUGAAUCAAAUUGAGGGCGGAGAGGAGGAUUCGGAGAAGACGUCUGACAACGAAGAUAUUCUUCUGGAAAUGCUGAAAUGCAGAGAAGAUAUAUUUCCCAUAUACAGGAGACCAAAGGAGAGAAAUGGUUAG